GAAAGGUGGACCUGCCAACCAAAAGCUAAAUACAACUACUUGCCGGUUGGUGGCGGUAGUGCACUAACUGUCGUUUGCCGUGGUGCGCGAAGAAGCGAAGAAAAACAGACUUCUCCCUUGUAGGCUUGGGUGUUCAAUACAGUUACGUUCAACUCUGCACGUUUUGGUUUAUGUUUCGUGGAGCCAUUGAGAUUUCACAGGCACCUUAGCUGUUCACACUGAUCUCAACGGCAACCAUGUAUCGUCCUAAACCUACCCUGAAGGACCGACAACACCUGUAUAGGCUGAUCAUCAGCCAGCUGCUUUAUGAUGGAUACACCAACAUCGCUAAUGGUCUGAUUAAUGAGGUCAAGCCACAGAGUGUGGUCUCACCCUCAGAGCAGCUGAUGCAGCUGGCCAAGAUAGGCAUGGAUAAUGAUGACAGUGCAGUUCAGUAUGCCAUUGGCCGCUCAGAUACUGUAGCACCAGGAGUGGGUAUUGAUCUGGAAUUUGACGCUGAUGUCCAGACCAUGUCUCCAGAGGCCUCAGAGUAUGAGACCUGCUACGUCACGUCUCAUAAGGGUCCAUGCCGUAUCGCCACCUACAGUCGCGAUGGCCAGCUCAUUGCCACAGGUUCUGCCGAUGCCUCUAUAAAAAUCCUUGAUACUGAGCGCAUGCUGGCAAAGAGUGCCAUGCCUAUAGAGGUGAUGAUGAAUGAGACAGCUCAGCAAAACAUGGAGAACCACCCUGUCAUUCGAACGCUGUAUGACCAUGUUGAUGAAGUUACGUGUCUUGCCUUCCAUCCAACUGAACAGAUUCUUGCUUCUGGCUCAAGAGAUUAUACCCUUAAACUCUUUGACUACUCAAAGCCUUCAGCAAAACGGGCAUUUAAGCAUGUUCAGGAGGCAGAAAUGCUGCGGUCAAUUUCAUUCCAUCCUUCUGGUGACUUCCUGUUGGUUGGCACGCAGCAUCCCACUCUCCGUCUCUAUGAUGUCAACACUUUCCAGUGCUUUGUGUCCUGCAACCCUCUGGAUCAGCACACAGACACCAUAAGCUGCGUCAACUAUAACCCCACAGCCAACAGCUACGUCACCUGUAGCAAGGACGGCAGCAUCAAGUUGUGGGAUGGUGUUUCUAAUCGCUGUGUAACCACCUUUGAGAAAGCCCACGACGGCGGGGAGGUCUGCUCCGCCUUCUUUUCAAAGAACUCCAAAUACAUUCUCUCCAGUGGCAAGGACUCAGUGGUGAAGCUGUGGGAGAUCUCCACCGGACGAACACUUGUCAAAUACACAGGUGCAGGCUUGAGUGGCCGUCAGAUGCAUCGCACACAGGGUGUCUUCAACCACACAGAGGACUAUGUGCUCCUGCCAGAUGAGCGCACCAUCAGCCUGUGCUGCUGGGAUUCUCGUACAGCCGAGAGGAAAAACCUGCUGUCAUUGGGACACAACAACAUUGUGCGCUGUAUUGUCCACUCACCCACCAAUCCUGGCUUCAUGACUUGCAGUGAUGACUUCAGGGCUCGCUUCUGGUACCGCCGCACCACCACAGACUGACAGACUGUCAUUCAGUAUAUAAUGCAACAGAAACCGUGAUGUCACAAUAUCCUGGUGACAAGUGUUUAGCAAAGGAGGUUGCAAAAACAGGUAUCAUUUUUGUACUAUUCUUUCUACCUGACUUGUUUUGAUGAACUCAUUCUUUGUUUUACUGUUCCUUCCCAAUUCACAUUAGUAGAAACGUGAAAAGCAAAAAUAUAGUUUUACCAAAUUGGAUACUGAAGUAAGGUUCAAAAACUGACCGUAGUACACAAAUGACCUUUUUAUGCUAAAGUUAUUGCUGUUUGUAAAAUUUAUUUUUGACUUAAUAAACUAUGAAGCACGGGCAGUUA